AGUUGCCUUUAUGAGGGAAUUUUAUUUUGCUUUAAUGACUUCAUUUUUCAUUUCUUAUUCUCCGUUCCAGAUCUGCAGCUGCUAAAUCAUCCACCAGCUUGGAUAUGGCCAAAAGGAAGAUGGAUUGUAUCGAGCGGAGUGGGAUGGUGGCCCUCAUACUGCUGUGUAAUCUAACAAAGAUUUUUGUGAAGGGAAGCAUGGAAGUGAAUGAGACCCAGCAGCAGCAUCCAACCCACGUCUACCAUGAGAUUGGACUCACCAGAAACAAGAUAGUUACAGCACAGUUUGAGUGCUAUCAAAAGAUAAUGAAGGACGAUACCCAGGACAGACAAGAGCCCAUGUGUAAUCGCACUUGGGAUGGCUGGCUGUGUUGGGACGACACCAAGGCAGGUGUUCACUCCGAGCAGCACUGCCCCGACUACUUCCAGGAUUUUGAUCCUUCAGAGAUGGUGACGAAAAUUUGCAGCGAUAGCGGUCAUUGGUUCAUGCAUCCGGACAGCAACCGGACAUGGACCAACUACACCCGCUGCAAUAUUCACACCAAUGAAAGCAGAGUGACUGCAAUGAAUCUUUUCUAUUUAGCUCUCAUAGGACAUGGCCUGUCACUGACCUCCCUCUUCGUCUCCCUCGGGAUAUUCUUCCAUUUCAAGAGUUUAAGUUGCCAAAGGAUCACGCUUCACAAAAACCUCUUCUUCUCUUUUGUUCUGAACUCUGUGAUCACCAUCAUUUGGUUAACCGCAGUGGCAAACAACCAGGAGCUGGUGCAGAGGAAUCCAACGAGCUGUAAAGUGUCCCAGUUCAUUCAUCUGUACCUGUUUGGCUGCAAUUACUUCUGGAUGCUGUGUGAGGGAAUAUAUCUGCACACUCUCAUCGUGGUGGCUGUGUUUGCGGAGAAGCAGCACUUGAUGUGGUACUAUCUUUUAGGCUGGGGCUUUCCUCUCAUUCCUGCCUCCAUACAUGCCGCUGCUCGGAGUUACUACUACAACGACAACUGUUGGAUUAGCUCCAAAACAUCGCUACUCUACAUCAUCCAUGGUCCCAUCUGUGCUGCUCUUUUGGUCAAUCUGUUCUUUCUGCUAAACAUUGUGCGAGUGCUCAUCACCAAACUGAAGGUGACCCACCAAGCCGAGUCCAGUCUCUACAUGAAAGCCGUGAGAGCCACCCUCAUCCUGGUGCCUCUUCUGGGAAUUCAGUACGUCCUGCUUCCCUAUAAGCCAGAGGGACGGGUCUCGUCGGAAAUAUACGACUACAUCAUGCACAUUCUAAUGCAUUACCAGGGUCUGCUGGUGGCCACCAUCUUCUGCUUUUUCAACGGAGAAGUCCAAGCGGUUCUGAGGAGGCACUGGAACCAGUAUCAGAUCCAGUUUGGCAGCAGCGUGGGAAACCACUCGGAUGCGCUGCGCUCCGCCUCCUACACGGCGUCCUCCAUCACAGAGGUACAGGGUUGCUACAGCAUCGACAGCCACACAGAACACAUGAACGGCAAGGGCUGCCACGACGCCGACGCCUCAAUCCUAAAGUCAGACAGCCCCUUCGCCUGACCACAACACUCUUUCCAAGCCCUGCCUGCCCCAUCUCCCCCCCACCCCUUCCCUUUUAAAACUGCAGCAUGUUGAAAGCGACCGUGUCAACCAGGGGAACUCACCUUUUCCUUUUUAAUACAAUGUCGGAAGCACCGAGUGUGGAAAAGGAUAGUGUACCCAGGCUCUCACCCAACUGCAGGAAAUUGUCCCAGCGACACAGGCCCUUUAU